UGUUAAAAUUUCGAUUUUGGAAGAUCCGCACUAAACAGCAAGUUCCCAUCCUACUCUCGGGAUGGGUGUUUUGACGCGGGAACUGUGUGCUGCCCGUGCCGCGGUUUCCCUCCGGACGCUUUUAAUGCCGUACUGCACUCUUAUACGUACGUUUGGAAUGACUUGAGGGUAAGACGAAGUGAACAGAAAGCAUAUUUAAUCAGUUCGGUGUUAGUGAAAUACUUGAUUUUCAGUUUUUCGUUAUUAUUGACAAUAUCGACGUAGAGUAUUGUAAUUGCUAGAAAUUGUAUAUUGAAUUUGUACCGAAGAAAAAAAAGUUACUGCUAGAAGCAUGAGGCUUUGAAAUUGGUGUCCUGGGAGGUGCCUGAGGGAAGUGCCCCAAUGCCGCUGGGAAUCGUUCUCCGGUCUAUGCACAGGGGACCUCUGUGCAUUUCAGGUCUUGCAUGGACACACUGGGAACCUGGUAAGAAAGCGGCCAGGUGGCUCUUAAGAAGGUGUGUCUCCACGGGCGUGAGCCGGUUAGCUGCGACGAGGAGGGUCACUCCCGUGUUCACCAGAGCUCCGAGCUUUGGGGACAAGCUGGCCAUUUUAGAUGGCAGCGGUGGCCACAGCUACCGUGACUUGUAUGACAACAGCUUGGGCUUAGCGAGGCGGUUGCUGGAGCAGUUGGGUUGCACCUCUGGGGACGUGCAGGGGAGAAGGAUCUCCUUCCUGUGUGCUAAUGACGCCUCCUACGUGGUGGCACAGUGGGCGGCCUGGAUGUGCGGGGGUGUCGCCGUCCCCCUCUACAGGAAGCACCCACCCUCGGAGCUGGAAUACAUCAUCACCGACUCCCAGAGCUCUUUGCUGCUGGCAGGGGACCCUUACACAGACACCCUGGGGCCCCUGGCUGAGAAGUUGGGCCUCCCUUGCCUAGAGCUGCCUCCUUCUUCUGGCCUUGCUGAGCUGAAGACCACGGAGACUCGCGCAGACCUGCCGAUCACGGACUGGGCCGACAGAUCGGCCAUGAUCGUCUACACCAGUGGCACCACGGGCCGUCCCAAGGGGGUCCUCAGCUCCCACAGGAACCUGCAGGCUAUGAUCCAGUGCCUCGUGUCUGAGUGGGGCUGGUGCGGGGAUGAUGUCAUCCUGCACACACUGCCCCUUCACCACGUUCACGGCAUUGUCAACAAACUGCUGUGCCCUCUGUGGGCAGGCGCCACCUGCCGUAUGCUACCUGACUUCCAGCCCCAGAAGGUGUGGGACGUCCUCCUCAGUGCCAGUCCUCCUAGGGUGACCGUGUUCAUGGCCGUCCCCACUAUCUACGCCAAGCUCAUCCAGCACUACGAGCAGCACUUUGCCACGCCCCACGUGCGGGACUUCGUCCGGGCCAUCUGCGCGGAGAAGAUCAGGCUGAUGGUGUCCGGCUCGGCUGCCCUGCCCCAGCCUGUCCUCCAACGUUGGGAAGAGAUCACCGGACAUACCCUUCUGGAGCGCUAUGGCAUGACGGAGAUUGGCAUGGCGCUGUCCAAUCCGCUGAGAGGAGCCCGCAUUCCAGGUGCGGUGGGUAAACCACUUCCUGGUGUGGAGGUGCGGAUUGUCAUGCCCACCACUACCGACACCAUUAUUGCUGAGGGCGACUGCAGGAAGACACAGGUCCGACCCGGUAUGGAUAAGAAAGAAGGGGAGCUGUUGGUCCGAGGACCUUCCGUCUUCAAAGAGUACUGGAACAGACCUCAGGCGACCAGGGAGGCUUUCACUGCUGAUGGCUGGUUUAUUACAGGGGACACAGCGGUUUACAGGGAUGGGUUGUACUGGAUUAUGGGCCGAACAUCGGUGGACAUCAUCAAGAGUGGCGGGUACAAGAUCAGUGCCCUUGAAGUGGAGCGCCACUUGCUGGCUCAUCCUGAUAUUACAGAUGUGGCUGUUAUUGGGGUGCGAGACGCCACCUGGGGCCAAAGGGUGACAGCUGUGGUGCAGUUGAAGCAAGGGAAGAACCUCACUCUGGAGGAGCUUAAGGCCUGGGCCAGAGAGAGGAUGACCGCCUACACGAUCCCCACCGGCCUGCUCCUGGUGGAUGAGAUGCCCAGGAACCAGAUGGGAAAGGUCAACAAGAAGGAUUUGAUCAAGCAGUUCUUCCCCACUUAGGACUGCUGGGCCCUCUGUCGCUUCCUGUUAGCCGGACAGGGGCCCCCCUCGCCCCAGUGGGAAGGAGCAAAUCGCUGGGAGAGGUGGACUGAAGACAUUUGGGUGGGGGCCGCGUGGAGUUAACCCUCAGCGCCCUGGACGAUGGCCCAGAGUCGACCGCGAUGUCUGCAGCAUUUUUAUUAUGACCAAUGUGUUUUAAGACGACUUCGAGAUGUGUGUGCUCUUCUUCUUUAAUCAUGAUGAUGGCAGUAAUUAUGAUGACUGAUUACGAUGGUGAGGGGUCAGAGUAGCGUCAUCUCAGGGUGCGAGACUCUACUCUGAGGGACGUGGUGAAGAAAAUAAAAGGCUGUGAAUCUGA